AUGGCCUUAUACAAUCUCUCUGUGCUCGAUGCUCUCGACACUGCACGAAUGCAAUGGUAUCAUGUCACUGCCAUUUUGAUUGCCGGGAUGGGCUUCUUCAGUGAUGCUUAUGAUCUUUUUUGCAUCUCCACUGUCUCCAAACUUUUGGGUCGUCUUUAUUAUUACGACCCAUCGAGUCGGCAUCCCGGCAAACUUCCUCCUACGGUUAACAAUUUUGUUGUUGGUGUUGCCCUAGUUGGUACCUUGAUCGGUCAGCUUGUCUUCGGCUUCCUUGGUGACAAACUAGGUCGAAAAAAAGUCUAUGGUAUCACUCUAAUUCUUAUGGCCAUUUGUUCCAUUUGCUCUGGCCUCUCUUUUGGCUACAGUCCCAAAGCUGUGAUGGUUACCCUUUGUUUUUUCAGAUUCUGGCUCGGAUUUGGAAUUGGUGGAGAUUAUCCCCUCUCGGCCACGAUCAUGGCUGAAUAUGCUAACAAAAAAACACGUGGGGCUUUUAUAGCUGCAGUGUUUGCCAUGCAAGGUGUCGGUAUCAUCUUUGCUGGGCUGGUGUCCAUGAUCGUUUCUAGUAUCUUCCUAUCCGAGUAUGGAGGACCAAAAUUCCGUGAAAACCACAUCCUUUCUACAGAACCUGAAGCAGAUUACGUAUGGCGAAUUGUGUUGAUGCUUGGGGCUCUUCCAGCUCUUCUAACUUACUAUUGGAGGAUGAAGAUGCCAGAAACAGGUCGUUACACCGCACUUAUAGAAGGGAACGCUACACAAGCUGCCAUUGACAUGGCUCAUGUUCUUGAUAUCGAAAUUCCAGCAGAUCAAGACAGGUUAUCACAGUUCAAGGCCGCCAAUGACUACCCAUUACUCUCAAGAACGUUCCUUGAACGCCAUGGGCGUCACCUAAUUGGUACGAUGAGCACAUGGUUUUUCUUAGACACAGCCUACUAUAGUCAACACCUAACUCAAAAAGACAUAUUUCCAGCUAUGGGCCUCACUCAAGCAGAUGUUGAUGUAAGUGCUCUCAGAGAAAUGUUUGAGACAUCACGAACCAUGUUUGUCGUUGCAUUGCUUGGCACAUUCCCUGGGUACUGGUUCACCGUCUUUUUCAUUGAAACCAUCGGUCGAUUCUUCAUUCAACUUGUUGGGUUCUUCAUGAUGUCCAUCUUCUUGCUGAUUAUGGGAAUCAAAUAUGAUUACCUUAAAGAGAGGGAGAAUAACUGGAUCUUUGCAGCUUUGUAUGGAUUGAUCUUCUUUUUUGCGAAUUUUGGCCCCAACAGCACAACCUUUGUUCUUCCGGCUGAGCUUUUUCCUACGCGAUUGAGAUCAACAUGUCACGCAUUGAGUGCCGCUUCUGGGAAGGCUGGGGCAAUGAUUGCAGCGUUUGUGUUGCAGAACUACGCCAUGAAUGUUAACCAAAUUAAGCACAUAAUGGUUUUUUUGGCACUUACAAGUAUGUUUGGGUUCUGUUGUACGUUUUUAGUGACCGAGACCAAAGGCCGAUCAUUAGAGGAAAUUUCAGGCGAGAACGGUGCUCAAAAGGAGACUAACCCGGCUACUAAACUGCGAAUGGCUCCUGGCCGAGAAGCCAUUUAGCUAGGAGUGAUGGCAAGCAGGCUUCUUUGUUCCGCAAAAGAGUUUGUUCGGCAGGUCUAGCACUUUCAGCUCAACUUUUUUUUUUUACCAAACUUUCAG